CAAGCAAAGGUACCGGGUACGAGAUCGUUCUUUUUUUUUAUAACAUUAGGAAAGGGACAACAUCGCUGUGAAGCACAUAAGGCCUGCUCAAACACAACCAAAAGGGAACUAAAUAUCGAAGAUGUCUGCAAAUAAAGAUGGUGGAUGGAAGUCCUUUAUCUGGAAUUCUGACAAGAGCGAGUUUUUAGGACGCACAGGCAGCAGUUGGUUCAAAAUCUUCCUCUUUUAUGUGGUCUUCUAUGGCUGCUUGGCUGGAAUUUUCAUUGGCACCAUUCAGGCCAUGCUCAUGACUCUCAGCAACUUCAAGCCCACAUACCAGGACCGGGUUGCACCACCAGGCUUGUCACACUCCCCACGGCCGGACAAAGCGGAGAUCAGCUUCUCCAUGAGCGAUAAUACGACUUACAGUGCAUAUGUGAAAAAUAUGAAGGAUUUUCUGACAGCAUACAAUAAAGACAAGCAGGACGAUGAAACCAAAUUUGAAGACUGCGGAGACACACCCCAAGACUAUAAGUAUCGUGGAGAACUGAAUGACAAUGACGGUGUGAGGAAGGCCUGCCGCUUUGAUAGAGAGUGGCUGAAGGAUUGCUCAGGACUGAAAGACGACACAUUCGGCUUCAAAGAAGGCAAACCCUGCUUCAUCAUUAAACUCAAUAGGAUUGUGAAUUUCAGGCCACGGCCUCCAGCGUCCAAUGACAGUAUCCCUGAGCCAAUCCACCCUAACUUUCAUGGCAACAUGAUUCCAAUCCACUGCACAAACAGGAGAGAAGAGGAUGCACAACAUCUUGGACCGGUCCAAUACUUCGGGCUGGGGGCUGGUUUUCCCCUCCAGUAUUAUCCUUACUAUGGCAAGCUGCUACAUGAACAUUACCUCCAGCCUCUGGUGGCCGUCAAAUUCAACAUCACUGUGGGUUUCGAAAUGCGCAUAGAGUGUAAAGUAUUCGGACAGAACAUCGAUUACAACGAGAAGGACCGUUAUCAGGGACGUUUUGAUGUCAAAAUCACAGUCAAGUCAUGACCUUAGCUAUAAAAAUGGCACUUUUUUUUUUUUUCUCUCUCUGCCAAUUUUAAAACACGGUAAUUUUAGAUGAAUAAAGAGGAGUACAAUUUCAGUUGGAAAAACAACUAGUUUUGAACAAAGUUUCAUAAUAUACGGGACCUACACUUAAUCUGUACGCUUUACACUAGCUUUCUCUGCAUGUCUAGGGUUAGAAUGUAAAUUACAGGAAGAGUAGCGAAGUAUUUAUUCUACUGUAAAUGAGAAUAUUCCGUGAGCCAUGGGACAUUCAUUUAUUACUGUAAAUUAUAAUUCCACUACUGAUGUAGCGAGCAGUGUUUCUGUCCCCUGAAUAUUUCUGCCUAGUGUGGUCUCUCUAUAUUUUAUGGAGUGUGCAGUAGUCGCAUACAAUGGUCCUUUCCAAGCCAUGUUGUAAUUUCUGUUGUCUCAUGUGAGAAAGCCUUCGUGGUCCAAGGUGUGUGUGUGUGUGUGUGCGAGAGAGAGCUUGAAUGUGAAUGUGCAUAUUUGUCUACUUAAAAACUGAAAAACUGGCAUGGUACGCUCUGAACUCCCCUGGUCUGUGUGUGUAAGUGCCUGCACUCCGUUCAUUCUUUUUUUUUUUUUUUUUUUUUUUUUUUUUUAAUUAUUACUAUUGGAUCAUCUUGCAAUUUGGGGCUAUUGACAAUUCUGUGUAUGGCUUAUUCUAUUCCUUGACUAUUAAGUGUAGAACUGUGCGUCUCGUCUGGAGGACUGAAGUGGUCACCAGGGCAAUUCAGUGCUUUUAUUUUUUUUGUUCCGGACACAUCACAUGAUGUGGUGUUACUUUAUUAAGAAUGUUUUAGCCAUUUUCAUGGUGAGUUUUAUAUUUAUGCAGUUGUACAAUAUUUUUUUUUCUCAGCAGGAGAAAGUGUAACGUAUAAAUCCAAAAACCACAAGUCACUGGUCAAAGGUGCAAAGCAGUACCCCAUGUUAUAAGACAUUUUGUUUUGUUUUUUUAAAAUUAUUAAAAGUCAUUGUUGGACAUCAGAACACUUGUCAAGAGUUGUUGCAUUUGCUCUUGUAAUGUUAUUUAAAUCUGGGUAAGUCCUAAGAAUAAAUAAAUGGACAGACAACUGA